AACACACGCCGGGCAAGAGCUUUGUCUGAGUUGAAGUGAAGUUGUACAGAUUUUAGACUGGAGUCAGCAAUCACGGGUGUUUAGUCUGCAGCCGAGCAGAGAAAGGGAGAAAGAACCGCUCCGGAAAGGCACGCUGCAGACUCCGGCUCUCUGCCACCGACGGAUUCCGAGGAGAACGGGGACCUCGCGGAGGUGACAGUGGCUGCCUGGCAGGAGGACAGCGGCCAAACAAAUGCAAGGAUUGGACUCCAGGCCGAUAGCGGGAAGCCGAGACACGGUGUGUAUGAAACAAAAGUUUGCGAGCUAUUAAUUGCUGGGCUGUGUUAAGAGACGCUUUCAAGUUUGAAGUACCAAAUGUCGCUUAGCUUUAAGUUGCCAAAGGAACUUGCGGGAAUUGCUUUGCUGUUUUAACUUGCUCUGUGAGGGGAGUCUCAGAGAUCGGCCAAUGCACCCAAUGAAUACUAAAAUGCACUUUAGAUUUGUUUUUGCACUCCUAAUAGCAUCUUUCAACCACGAUGUACUGGGCAAGAAUUUGAAAUACAGGAUUUAUGAGGAACAGAGGGUUGGCUCAGUAAUUGCCAGACUAUCAGAGGAUGUGGCUGAUGUUUUAUUGAAGCUACCUAAUCCUUCGGCCGUUCGUUUUCGAGCAAUGCAAAGGGGAAAUUCUCUACUUGUGGUGAAUGAGAAUAACGGGGAAAUCAGCAUAGGGGCUACAAUCGACCGUGAGCAACUGUGCCAGAAAAACUUGAACUGUUCCAUAGAGUUUGAUGUGAUCACUCUACCCACAGAACAUCUGCAGCUUUUCCAUAUUGAAGUGGAAGUGCUCGAUAUUAAUGACAAUUCUCCCCAGUUUUCAAGAUCUCUCAUACCCAUCGAGAUAUCUGAGAGUGCAGCAGUUGGGACGCGUAUUCCUCUGGACAGUGCAUUUGAUCCAGAUGUUGGGGAAAAUUCCCUCCACACGUAUUCCCUCUCUGCCAAUGAUUUUUUUAAUAUCGAGGUUCGGACCAGGACAGAUGGAGCCAAGUAUGCGGAACUUAUAGUAGUCAGAGAGUUGGACCGGGAGCUGAAGUCAAGCUAUGAGCUUCAGCUCACUGCCUCCGACAUGGGAGUGCCUCAGAGGUCUGGCUCGUCCAUACUGAAAAUAAGCAUUUCGGACUCCAAUGAUAACAGCCCUGCUUUUGAGCAGCAGUCUUAUAUAAUACAACUCUUAGAAAACUCUCCCGUUGGCACUUUGCUCUUGGAUCUGAAUGCCACUGAUCCAGAUGAGGGCGCUAAUGGGAAAAUUGUAUAUUCUUUCAGCAGUCAUGUGUCUCCUAAAAUUAUAGAGACUUUUAAAAUUGAUUCAGAAAGAGGCCAUUUGACCCUGUUCAAGCAAGUGGAUUAUGAAAUCACCAAGUCAUAUGAGAUUGAUGUCCAAGCUCAAGAUUUGGGGCCGAAUUCAAUCCCAGCUCAUUGCAAAAUUAUAAUUAAUGUUGUGGAUGUUAAUGACAAUAAACCUGAAAUUAACAUAAACCUCAUGUCCCCUGGAAAAGAAGAAAUAUCUUAUAUUUUUGAAGGGGACCCUAUUGAUACAUUUGUUGCAUUGGUCAGGGUACAGGACAAAGAUUCCGGGUUGAAUGGAGAAAUAGUUUGCAAGCUUCAUGGACAUGGUCACUUUAAACUGCAGCAGACCUAUGAAAACAAUUAUUUAAUCUUGACCAAUGCUACACUGGAUAGAGAAAAGAGAUCUGAAUACAGCUUGACUGUCAUCGCUGAGGACAAGGGGACACCCAGUCUCUCUUCAGUAAAACAUUUUACUGUUCAAAUCAAUGAUAUUAAUGACAAUCCACCCCGCUUCCAGAGAAGCCGGUAUGAGUUUGUGAUCUCGGAGAAUAACUCUCCCGGGGCGUACAUCACCACUGUGACAGCCACAGAUCCUGAUCUUGGAGAAAAUGGGCAAGUGACAUACACCAUUUUGGAGACUUUUAUCCUGGAAAGUUCCAUCACUACAUAUGUAACCAUCGACCCAUCUAAUGGAGCCAUCUAUGCCCUCAGAAUCUUUGACUAUGAGGAAGUGAAUCAGAUCACUUUUGUGGUAGAAGCAAGAGAUGGAGGGAGUCCAAAGCAGCUUGUAAGCAACACCACAGUUGUGCUUACCAUCAUUGAUGAAAACGACAAUGUUCCUGUGGUCAUAGGGCCUGUGCUGCACAAUAAUACUGCAGAAAUCUCCAUCCCCAAAGGGGCUGAAAGUGGUUUUCAUGUCACAAGAAUAAGGGCAAUUGACAGAGACUCUGGGGUAAAUGCUGAGCUCAGCUGCUCCAUAGUAGCGGGUAAUGAAGAAAAUAUCUUCCUAAUCGACCCACGGUCAUGUGACAUCCAUACCAACGUGAGCAUGGACUCAGUCCCCUACACAGAAUGGGAGCUCUCAGUCCUCAUCCAGGACAAAGGCAAUCCUCAGCUGCAUACCAAAGUCCUCCUGAAGUGCAUGGUCUUUGAAUAUGCAGAAUCUGUGACAAGUACAGCAAUGACUUUAGUAAGCCAGGCAUCCUUGGAUGUCUCCAUGAUUAUAAUUAUUUCCUUGGGAGCAAUUUGUGCAGUGCUGUUGGUUAUUAUGGUGCUAUUUGCAACUAGAUACAACCGGGAAAAGAAAGAUACAAGAUCCUACAACUGCAGGGUAGCCGAGUCAACUUACCAGCACCACCCAAAGAGACCAUCCAGGCAGAUCCACAAAGGGGACAUCACAUUGGUGCCCACCAUCAAUGGCACUCUGCCCAUCAGAUCUCAUCACAGAUCAUCCCCGUCUUCCUCUCCGACUUUAGAAAGAGGGCAGAUGGGCAGCCGCCAGAGUCACAACAGUCACCAGUCUCUCAACAGUUUGGUGACGAUCUCAUCAAACCAUGUGCCAGAGAAUUUCUCAUUAGAACUCACCCACGCCACUCCUGCUGUUGAGCAGGUCUCCCAGCUGCUUUCAAUGCUUCACCAGGGGCAAUAUCAGCCAAGGCCAAGUUUUCGAGGAAACAAAUAUUCCAGGAGCUAUAGAUAUGCCCUUCAAGAUAUGGACAAAUUUAGCUUGAAAGACAGUGGCCGUGGGGACAGUGAAGCAGGAGACAGUGAUUAUGAUUUGGGGCGAGAUUCUCCGAUAGAUAGACUGCUGGGUGAAGGAUUCAGUGACCUGUUUCUCACAGAUGGAAGAAUUCCAGCAGUUUUGAGUCCUGCUAAGUAUAAUAACGAAUCCUCAUUGCUUCCCCGGAGCGCAGCUAUGAGGCUGUGCACGGAAGAGUGCAGAGUCCUGGGACACUCUGACCAGUGCUGGAUGCCACCGCUGCACUCACCCUCCUCCGAUUAUAGGAGCAACAUGUUCAUUCCAGGGGAAGAAUUCCCAGCCCAACCUCAGCAGCAGCAUCCGCAUCCGAAUCUUGAGGAUGACAGCCAGCACGCGGAAACUGGGGAGAAGAAGAAGAGUUUUUCCACCUUUGGGAAGGACUUGCCAAGUGAGGAGGACACAGGAGACACCAGCACGUCCUCCCUGCUCUCCGAAAUGAGCAGCGUCUUCCAGCGCCUCUUACCCGCUUCCCUGGACACGUAUUCUGAGUGCAGUGAGGUGGAUCGGUCCAACUCUCUGGAGCGCCGGAAGCCACCGGUGCCAGCUAAAACUGCGGGGUACCCACAAGGGGUGGCAGCUUGGGCGGCCAGUACACACUUUCAGAACCCCACCACCAACUCGGGGGCUCCACUUGGAACUCACUCCAGCGUGCAGCCUUCUUCAAAGUGGCUGCCAGCCAUGGAGGAGAUCCCUGAAAACUACGAAGAAGAUGAUUUUGACAAUGUGCUCAACCACCUUAAUGACGGGAAGCAUGAACUCAUGGAUGCCAGCGAGCUCGUGGCUGAGAUUAACAAACUCCUCCAAGACGUUCGCCAGAGCUAAGAAAUUUCUGCAAAGUGUUUUUGUUUCCAUGUGUGGAAAUAGGGGACAGGAAAAACCCUGAAAGAACUGGCUCUGCCAAAUAGUUGCAUUUAUCAUAAAUGUGUCUGUGUAUAUUGAAUAUUAAAUACUGUAUUUUCGUAUGUACACAAUGCAAGUGUGAUUAUUUUAAUCUGUAUUUUAAAAAUACAUUUGUACCUUAUAUUUAUGUGUAAUUUAACGAACAAAUUUUAUUUUUUUACUCCCAUGACAAACAUUUCUCUCCUGUUCAUGUAGAAAUUAGCCAUUGUUUAGAUCUGACAUGUAUUCAACCACAAAGAUAAAGGUACUGCUUCGAUUAGUUAAAUUGCGGUAGAAUAACUAUGCUUUGCAAACAACCCCACUAAUGCAUUAUACAAAUCUUAGUUGCAUUAAGUGACCCAAGUUACUUUGCAAUACUUUAAAAAAUUAAGCAUAAUUUAACAUAUUAAGCUUUGUUUUAAUUAUUAUUUUUGCUAUAUUCUGCUAGCUCCAAUAGCUCACCUCUAACAGCAAAAUUAAAGAAUGGAGUGACAUUCUAGUUUAGGAUUGGGAAGAAUCUCCAUGAAUAUGUGUGAGAUGAUUUUCUGAAAUGAAUUUUUCCCAAUGAUAUAAACAGAUGAAGUCAAUGUUUUUUUGACUCCCAGGGCCCUUCUAUUGCAGGUAUCACACUGGUCUGAUCUUGAGAAUAUUUCUUCUACAGUAUUGUAGUCUACUUACAUUAGAGGAAACAAUGAAUUUCCUUCCAACCUUGUAAUAUGUGAUGUGAUUCAAGGAAAUGAAAUCUGUCCUUUGAAUGGAUAGCAGUGUGUAUUCAAAUAGUGUGAAGUGUUACUGCACAGUUAUGCCAGUGUCCCUCCUAGGGUAGUAAAUAUAAUUGCUUUCUUUUGAAACCAUUCUGUUUGAAUCUUUUCCUCUCUUUUCAUAAUACUUGAACAUUUUUAUCUUUUACAUUAUUUUUAUUUUGCUGCAACUAUUCACUUUUAGCUUUUGUCUCCAGUGCAUGAUCUUAUAUCUUUGCUUGCAUUUUAGAACAUUUAUAACACCACAUUUUUUAAUUACAAUUUUGUAUUAUUUCUUGUGUGACAAAUGAGAAUUUAUUUAUUGUGCUGUUAUCUCUCUGUGUGGAAUGCCUUGGUGAGAGAGGUCCUUAUUAUGGCUAUUAUCAUUUAUGAUCAAGCUUCUAUUAAUGUUAUUUCUAUUGAUACUCUAUCUUGAUUGUACUCUCCAGAAAAUUUUGCUGUCAUGAAAAUAAAAGGAAAAUUAAAGUAAAAUGAAAUCACUGUC